GCCGCGGAGGGGGGCUCCUAGCCAGGGAGCCCGCCCCCCACCACGGGGCUACGUGGCCGGCCCGGGCACCGGGGCAACAGGUUUUGGGUGGGAGGACAUUGCCUACCGACCAAGUCUCCCCUCCCCACCCAGAGCCCCGCGUUUUGUAGGUGCGAGAGCAGGUACAGCGUUUUCCUGGACGGCCACUUGGAGCAUCUAGGAUGUGCGGGCAGGUCAGACCCGUUAAGCAGUUACAGCACCGAGGGAGGAAAGCUCGCGCGGAGAUCCACCCUCCCCUCUUCAACCCGGUCAGUGCCCUGGGCGGCGGACAGAAGUGGAUUCCAUCACUUGAGCUCCCUUGCCUUCUGACUUCCAUUUGGGUUUGGCCACUGGGAGGCACCACCAAGGGGAGAUGGUCACAGUUUUUAUCCACAUGAACAUACAUGGCUUUGUUACGAAAAAUUAACCAGGUGCUGCUGUUCCUGCUGAUUGUGACCCUCUGUGGGAUUCUGUAUAAGAAAGUUCACAAGGGGACUGUGCUCAAGAAUGAAGCAGAUGAUGACUCUGGGACUCCCGAGGAACUGGACGAUGAGAUCCCCGUGGUGAUCUGCGCAGCAGCAGGAAGAAUGGGGGCUGCGAUGGCCGCCAUCAAUAGCAUCUACAGCAACACGGACGCCAACAUUUUGUUCUAUGUAGUUGGGCUCCGGAACACUCUGUCUCGAAUACGAAAAUGGAUCGAACAUUCUAAAUUGAGAGAAAUAAACUUUAAAGUCGUGGAAUUCAACCCGAUGGUCCUCAAAGGGAAGCUCCGACCAGACUCGGCGCGGCCGGAGUUGCUGCAGCCUCUGAACUUUGUUCGGUUUUAUCUCCCUCUGCUGAUCCACCACCACGAGAAAGUCAUCUAUUUGGACGACGAUGUCAUUGUACAAGGGGACAUCCAGGAGCUGUAUGACACCGCCUUGGCCCUGGGCCACGCGGCCGCCUUUUCAGAUGACUGUGAUUUGCCCUCGCUCCAGGACAGGCACAGGCUUGUGGGGCUGCAGAACACCUACAUGGGCUACCUGGACUACAGGAAGCAGACUAUAAAAGACCUCGGCAUAAGCCCCAGCACGUGCUCGUUCAACCCUGGCGUGAUUGUUGCCAACAUGACAGAAUGGAAGCACCAGCGUAUCACCAAACAACUGGAGAGAUGGAUGCAGAAAAAUGUGGAGGAAAAUCUCUACAGCAGUUCCCUGGGGGGAGAGGUGGCCACGUCCCCAAUGCUGAUUGUGUUUCAUGGGAAAUACUCCACCAUCAACCCCCUGUGGCACAUAAGGCACCUGGGCUGGAGUCCAGAUACCAGAUAUUCAGAGCAUUUUCUGCAAGAAGCAAAAUUACUCCACUGGAAUGGAAGACAUAAACCUUGGGACUUCCCCAGCGUUCACAAUGACUUAUGGGAAAGCUGGUUUGUUCCUGACCCUGCAGGGAUAUUUAAACUCAGUCACCAAAACAGCUGACACUUUAAAUAUUUUCUGUAUAAAACGUGGAAUUGUCCAUUUGCAACCUACUAGAACAUCAUUCUUUAUGAACAGUACCUUUGAUAUGUAUAAUCCACAAUAUGCAAAACAAAGACUACUGUGUGCAAUAAUACCUUGGAUCACAUAGGUAUUGAUUACUUCCUUAAGUACAAGCGUUGAGUGUGGAAAUCAAGAUUAUGUGAGUGAAAUAUAUUGUUGGAAAGAAAGAAACCCAUGUAGCUUCCAGCAACCAGUUUGCUUAACUCAGUGACAAUUAUAUCGAAAACUUUUCAAAAUUUCUACAUGUAUUUUUCACAUGUAGGUAUUUUUUUAACACGUUGCCAGUCUUGUGUUUUGUAUUACACUUAAAAUAUGAAUGCCUGAAAAAUAAAAUAGUCAUAGAUUUUUAAUGA